UCCUAUUUUUUGAAGUUUAUUAUUUGAAUGCAUAGCUGCGGGAUGGAAUUCUUACUGAGUGAUGCAAGCCUCUCGUCGGGUCCGAACUCCGACCAGCAGCAGCAUCAGUCAUCUCUAAUUUUCGGCUCAUCAUUCGUGAGCUACGAAUCUUCGACCCCAUAUUCGGACGCCACUAAGACAAAGAAGCACCCACCUAACCACGUGAAGCGCCCCAUGAACGCCUUCAUGGUCUGGUCACAGCUCGAGCGCCGCCGUAUCGUCUCCUCGGCGCCCGACAUGCACAACGCAGAAAUUUCCAAACAGCUCGGCCGCAGAUGGAAGCUUUUAACCGAAGAACAGCGGAAGCCCUACAGGGAAGAAGCUGAUAAACUGAAAAUGCUUCACAAGAAGGAAUACCCUGACUACAAGUACAGGCCUAAGAAAAAACCCGUCAAGGGAGGGAACAACGGGGACCAAAAAACUGAGGACAUGCCGAGACGUGACUCUGAUUCAACGCUCAGAGGUGUGAGUGAAGCUUCUAAAGCCAUCAAAAGUAAAUGCAAAAACUCGAUAAAAUUGAAAGAAAAAAACUUGGUAUUAUCAGAAAAUUUGACUAGGGCUCUGCAAAAGCUUCAGAAGCGCGAAUCCAACUCAUCACAAAUGAAGCCUGUGAAAUCGUUCAGUUUGGAACGCAUAAAAACUCCGAAUGUGAAUUUGCCCUCCAUGACGACUCCGCCUCUUUCUCCGGACAGCGUUCUUCUCAAAAAAGAUCAUCAACAAAAUCUAACUCAAAAUAUUGACAAUUUCCAGUUGAGUUCGUUAACGACGUUGGAUGGAUUUCUCGCCACCCAUGACCUACCGCAAUCAAGCUCGUCGGACAUCAUGCGGAACCAAAACACCUCUGCCAACGUCGCUGUCUUAUCCGACCUGGACAACAUUAAUGACCUUAUGUCCAUACCCGAGGACUUACCGAUAGACUUGAUCGACGGAGCGGCCGUCGAGUUCUGGGAAGAUGGACUUGGAAGAAGACUGGAUGUAUUUACCCCACCUACUCCGCAGUCUCCACAUUGUGCAGGUCUGGAGACUUCACGCCUGGCGUUGUGGCCUGAAGCGUCGUUAGAAAAUAUCAAUGAUCCCUACCUGUGCUCGGGCGGCAGCUUGGCUCUCACUCCAACCAAGUCUGAAUUCCAACCACGCGAUUACGGAGUGAAAAUCAAUGUUACGCAUGCGGGAGAACGUUUUUUAGACAUUAACAUGGUCGGAGAAAAUGGUUACAUCAAUUGCAAACCCGGAUAUGAAAGUUUCAUAUCUACAAGGUCAGCGGGAGAAAAUUCUCUUCAAGAUCCCAGCGGUGGCAUUGCUUCCACGGAGAUUUUCGAUUUCAGCAGCGACUCGUCACUCAGUUUGGCUGUAAAUAAUUCACUAAAUCAACUUCAGGACGGUGAAUUUUUAUGCAGAAACUAAAUAAAAUCUCGACUCAAAAGUGUUCAACAGAAGACCGAGCGCCGUCCAUAUGGCUAUGGUUGACGGUGAUAAUUCUUAUAUUAUAUUCUCUUAAAAAUUAAUGCAUUCACUACGCAAUCUCUCAACACAUCUCAGCACCUCCUUCUCAAAACCAUCAAUGCAAAGUGCUAUAACACCGACAGUAAUAAUAACAAUUUUUCCAUCAAUCACCUAAAAUCAGUCACAUUGAAAUUUGAAAACUGCGAGAUGAAUUUUCUUGAAAGUAAAAACGAGUGGGGCUAAUCGGGUAAUUUUAAGGGAAGCUCGAAGAUUGGAACUCAAUAUUUAUAUACGCGAUGGCGGACAAAGGAAGAAUAUGAUGUCGGAUAAGUUGUACCUAACACAAUUUGUACGUCUGAAAAGUCGUACGUAAUACAGUUUAUACGUCGUCGAAGUAUUUAUUCAUUAGACAAAUUGAACGUCGAAUAAUCUGUACGUCUGACAAGUCAUACGUCGGAAGAUCAAUACUUCAGGCAAGUUGCAAGUCAUAAAAGUUUCAUGUCGAGGAAGUAGUGCUGAGCUGCAGCCAUACGAGCCACCGACAGGUCCGACACCGGCCGCAGCGCCAUAUUUCGCAUUCAACACUUCGCACAAAAUCGUCAUAUUCUACUUCCAACACAGGUGCUAGGAGACACCAAACACGAGACAGCGUUAGAAAUCACGGGCGUGUGAACGCCGGAUUAUCGUCGGCCAUUCACCGGCCUCCAGUUAGUCGUUUGUAUUUUUAGAAGGGAACUGAAGUGUCAGUUUUACAAAAGUUUUCAGAUAAGUAAAAAUACAUAAUUACCAAAUUACCCUUUACUUACUAUUUUCAGGUUAAGAACUAAAUUAUACUUCGAAAAUUUUCUAACUUGAAUUCAUAAACCAAAAUCCGCGUGCUAAUUAAACAAACAUUUAAAUAUUUUAGAAAGUGCAGCUAUCCAAGCCAGAUACAUUAUUUUCAUUGAAAAAUUAAGACAAUUUAUAGCAAUAUUUGUUCGAACGUUGUAAUUUUUCGGCCACUUGGUUUAAAUUUACGGGCCAUUUGGUAUUAAUUACGGGCCAGUUGGUAUCAAUUGCGGGCCAGUUGGUAUCAAUUAUAGGCCAGUUGGUAUCAAUUAUGGGCCAGGUGGUAUCAAUUACGGGCCAGUUGGUAUCAAUUAUGGGCCAGUUGGUAUCAAUUAUAGGCCAGUUGGUAUCAAUUAUGGGCCAGGUGGUAUCAAUUAUGGGCCAGUUGGUUUCAAUAACGGGCCAGUUGGUAUCAAUUAUGGGCCAGUUGGUAUCAAUUGACGGUAUAGUCGGUGUAGAUUAAAAUUUGUGUUUGCUCCUUAUUUUCGAAAAAAUGCAAAAAAAAAAUUCAACAGAAGGUGGUUUCAGGUAUUAUUGGCUCGUUUGUCUGAAGAAAUUUUCUUUAAUGGUUUCUUCGUUUCGAAGAAAUGAUUUUGUAUAACUUAGUGAUACAAUUUGGCCUUAUAUUUCUACAAAGUGAGCAACUUGCUGCAUUAACAUCAGGGUAAUGAUAAGGGAUAUACGCUAUAAUUGCUGACAACCGGAUCCUGCAAAAGAAGAGUUUUCAAUAUAACUAUAGAUGAAAACGCAUGCAUCAGGUAAUGGAGAUCAUAUAAAAUGUAAUGAUUAAAAUAUCAUUAAUGCACUCAUGAACCCUAGCAAUCGGUGUCAAAGCUCCGAUCGUUUGUUCAACGCAAGAAAUAGUCAUUGUAAAAAGUAAUUUAGAUCGCAUCUGUUAUUAGAAAUAAAGUUAUUUGUAUAGUAAAGCUGCCACGUCUUUCAUCACAUGUUCAUAUUUCCGUGUUCUUGUUAACGUAGAAUCUGUCUAAACGAAAUUAAUAUGACUUACGGUCGCCUAAAAUCAUUGCAAAUUAUUAGCUUUCCAAUCAUUCUAUUAAUCAUCAGCAUUGAAGUGCCUAUUUGUUUUUUUUACAUAAUUUUUAAACAUCGCUUGUUUGUUCUCGUUGAAUUUUCAAAGAAUGUGUAGCCAUUUUAGACUUGAAAUUUAUCUAAAUUACCUAAAUACAAUGUUUUGAGCUUAUGAUGAAGUCGGCCCAUGACAAGCAAAUGCUGUUAAUUGUUUGUUAUGGUAUUUUUUAUUGCUGUUUUGGUCUAUUCAUAAUAAGUUUGUGCAAUACUCUUAAGUUCGCCUUGAGAAAUCUUACGUAGCGGGACUACGUAUUGUUUACGUUAUACGCUGGAACGAUACGUAACGUUCCAAUGAUUUACGCUGGAGUGAUAACGAUUUACGCUGGAACGCGAAUCGAUUUACGCUGGAAUGCGUAACUAUUUACGCUGGCGAUUUACUAUAGCGAUUUACGCUGGAGCGGAGUUGGAGUUUCUCAGAUGAGACGAAUUUUAGUUUGGUUAGAAAUCUCUAGAACCUUCAUGGCGUCAAGGAACGGCCAAAUGACAACUUGUUCUUCAAGUUAACGAUUUAAUUUUUUGGUGGUUGAACAUUAGACAAACUUCCCAAGCUCCUUAGUGGUUUGGAAAUGCCAAAUUUUUUCAAAAAUUUUCAGCUAUAAUACAAAUUUGAUUGACUAAUCUUGAGUCUAUAUGUACAUAGAGCAAGCUCGCUGAUAGGUCUAAGCUGAUCUCUAGUCCUGUUCUAGUUCAUAAGCUACAAAUUUACUUUAGUUAUCGUCUUACCGGCAGGCGCUUUACUGAUGUAAUUAUGUUUGGUGAUCCCGCUGUAUGAAUGCUGAUUAAUUGUCUCCCAUUCGAGGAAAUAAUUUAAAAUUCGAAAAAAAUUGUGAACAAUGAAUGAAGUGGUGCAAGGUGCGCAAGGUAAUUUCAGCUUUUUGUACUUUUGACACUUUUUAGUUAGCUCGUAUGAAAUGAAUAAGACUUUACGUUGACUGUUUUAUAAGAAA